AACUGACUGGUCGUGCACCCAAAAACUAUCUGGAAUGUGUGAACGCGCACAAGGCUGCCAAGGAAGCACUGAGCAAAAUCAAACCAGUCAACAGCACGCAAUCAGACCCGAAGGCCGGUGAGAUCGAAAAGCAACCGAUCGAUAAAAGGAAAACAUUCCUGUCCAGACCGCACCUGCCGCCAACUUCGGACGUGCGAACCAAUCGAUUACAAGAAACCGGUUUCCUCCUGUCCCCGAAAACUGUUCGCAAAGCGUCCGUCCGACUAUCUCCGUCAGCGAGUAAUUUGCUCAUGUUCAGCCAAGCCUCACUGAAUACGGAAGACACACAGAGCAUGGAGGAUCCGGUUUCGUCGGAUCAGCAACGAGUUGGCUCAUCAAUUCUUGCCGACCACUGCCCGCUUGAUUCUACCACGCGUACUCGUUCUCCAAGUGGUGCAUCGAAAACCAUGCAAAUCAACUCCCGGCGAAGGCAUCCGGCGAUUAGUUGGACAAAACGCCGACAAGCUGGAAACACGAGAGGCCUAGCGAACUAUCGCGGUCAACUCGAGUCAAAAUCCACCAGCGGAUCUGCCUCUCUCUCAGUCAGUUUAUCCGAUCUGUCGCAUCGUUGUGCGGAUAAAACCGAUGAUCCCGACACGGCGGAUAGUUCCGAUCGGAUAGCCAACUCGGCCCGAGAAACGAAUAAGAGACGUGCUUCGAUUGCGUCCCUUGGGUGCGAUGUGGACUCGUCCGAGAGUCCGGAUAGAGCUGAGGCGCUCGCAUGGAUUGAAAUGGAACUGGAAGCAGUGCGGAAAAUUCUAGAGGCCAAUCGGAAGUGUGCGGCCGAGAUGGGUCGAAAGCGUGAUUCACGAAGAGCGUAUCAG